UAGUACUGGUGCUGCAGGCUGUGUAUUAACAGGCUCUUUCUGUGUUCUGUAUUCACUACACCAAUUUGUUUGUAUGCAACAGAGGCAAAGGGAAAAGCCUCAGAUUAGAGCUUGUUAACAGAUUAAACUAUCUGGAACUACAGUAGGAACUGUCCAGCACUUUCACAUCCUGAUCAUGAAACUCCCUUAUUUGUACCUGUUUGGAUUACUUAUCAGCAGCGGGCAAGCUCUUUUGCAAGUGACUAUUUCCCUAAGCAAAGUUGAAAUUAGUGUGGGUCAAUCAAAAUAUUUCACAUGUACAGUUAUGGGUGAUCCUGACACGAUAGACUGGUAUAACCCACAAGGAGAGAAGAUAAUGUCAAGUCAAAGAGUAGUGGUUCAAAGAGAAGGAAACCGAUCAUGGCUGACAAUAUACAAUGCAAAUGUAGAUGAUGCAGGAAUAUAUCGAUGUCAAGCUUCAGAUUCUGUUGGACAUUUACAAGAGGCUACUGUUGUAUUGGAGAUUUAUCAAAAGCUGACAUUUCAUGAAGUUAAGUCACCUCAAGAAUUCAAAACAGGAGAAGAUGCAGAAGUUAUUUGUCAUGUCAGCAGCUCUCCUGCACCGAUGGUUAGAUGGAUGAAUAAUGGUUACGAUGUAACAGACAUUGAUGACAGUCGAUUUGCAAUGUUGGCAAACAAUAAUCUCCAAAUUAUUAACAUAAGUAAAAGAGACGAAGGCAUAUACAGAUGUGAAGGGAGAGUGGAAGUUAGAGGAGAAAUUGAUUUCAGAGACAUCAAUGUUAUUGUAAAUGUUCCACCAGCAAUCCUUAUUCAGCAACGAUCUUUUAAUGCAACGGCUGAUCGUCAAGAAGACAUUACAUUAUUUUGCCGUGCAACUGGUUCUCCUAAACCCCAUAUAAGCUGGCACAGGAAUGGAAAAAUGAUUGAAGAAAACGAAAAAUAUGCAUUAAGAGAAGAAAAUACAGAACUGACUAUCAGAAAUAUUAUAAACAGUGAUGCAGGGUCCUUUAUCUGCAGAGCUACCAACAAAGCAGGGUACACAGAAAAGCAAUCAUAUCUGCAAGUGUUUGUGCAGCCUCAUAUUGUACAACUACACAAUGAAACCACAGUUGAGAAUGGUCACAUAACGCUGACUUGUGAAGCAGAAGGUGAGCCGGUUCCAGAGAUUACAUGGAAAAAAUCCAGCGAUGGAAUGGUUUUUUAUGAUGGUGACAAGAGUCCAGAUGGAAGAAUAGAAAGCACAGGACAUCAUGGGAAAUCAUCCUUGCAUAUUAAAUCUGUGAUGUUAUCUGAUGCAGGAAGAUAUGACUGUGAAGCUGCAAGUAGAAUUGGAGGCCAUCAAAAAAGCAUGUAUCUCAAUAUUGAAUAUGCACCAAAAUUUAUUUCAAAUCAAACAAUUUACUAUUCUUGGGAACAUAAUCCAAUUAAUAUCAGUUGUGAUGUAGCAUCAAAUCCACCUUCAUCUAUUUACUGGAGCAGAGAUAAAAUGUUGUUGCCUGCAAGAAAUAUAACAAACAUUAAAACAUACAGAGAUGGGAAAAGGAUCCUUCUUGAGAUAACACCUUUGUCAGAUCAUGACUUUGGGCGUUAUAAUUGUACAGCUAUAAAUUCAAUAGGGUCAAGAAUUCAAGAAUAUGUUCUCACAUUGGCUGAUGUGCCUUCUAGUCCUUCUGGCUUGCGUGUUAUAGAGUUGUCACAGACAUAUGCCAAAGUAUUUUUUAACAAACCAGACUCACAUGGUGGAGUACCAAUUCAUCACUAUCAAAUGGAUUUCAAGGAAGUUUCUUCAGAAAUUUGGAAAGUUGUCCGCUCCCAUGGAACUCAAACAAUUGUGGUUCUCGGUAAUUUAGAAGCAAACACAACAUAUGAAGUAAAAGUUGCUGCUGUUAAUGGAAAAGGACAAGGAGAAUAUAGCAAAACUGAAAUUUUUCAGACACUUCCAGUUCGUGAACCUAGUCCACCGUAUGUUCAUGGACAACCAGGAGGUGGGAAGAGUUUCAAGAUUAGCAUUACAAAACAGGAUGAUGGAGGAGCACCUAUUCUGAACUAUGUAAUAAAAUAUCGAAGUAAAGAUAAGGAAGAUCAAUGGAUGGAAAAAAAAGUCCUUGGAAAUAAAGAUUACAUUAUUUUAGAACAUCUCCAAUGGAAUAUGGGAUAUGAAGUUCAAAUAACAGCAACAAAUAGACUUGGCCAUUCUGAACCUGCCACAUAUGAAUUCACAAUGCCACCAAAACCCAAUAUUAUUGCAGAUACACUUUUCAAUGGCCUUGGAAUUGGAGCAGUGAUUGGUCUAGCAGUAGCAGCUCUUCUGCUUAUACUGGUUGUGACAGAUGUCAGUUGCUUCUUCAUGAGACAAUGUGGCCUACUAAUGUGCAUUACCAGAAGGAUUUGUGGGAAAAAAAGUGGAUCAAGUGGAAAAAGCAAAGAAUUAGAAGAAGGAAAAGCUGCAUAUUUGAAAGAUGGAUCAAAAGACCCAAUAGUUGAAAUGAGAACUGAGGAUGAAAGAAUUACAAAUCAUGAUGGGAGUCCUGUAAAUGAGCCAAAUGAAACAACUCCACUUACAGAACCUGAGAAACUGCUCUUAAAGGAGGAAAACGGUAAAGAAGCUUUGAGUGCAGAAACAAUCGAAAUUAAAAUAUCAAAUGACAUAAUUCAAACGAAAGAAAGUGAUAGCAAAGCAUAGCAUGGUGACGUCCAUAUCGGCUUGAUGGGAACAUUGAUGGUGUAAUCCGAAUAUCAAUGCUCUGCUGCAGACAAUUGUUGGCUAAUAUUAGCUUUCAAUUGUCAGUACAAGUAUCCAUAUCUGAACUACUCACAUUUACUGUACUUUAUGGUUUUGUUGAUUAAUUUAGUAUGUUUGUCUGACUGAUAGCAGUGCAAAUGUAUAAAGUUGAAAAUGAUUGCAAAACAAUCUUUAAUUUAUUUAAAAUAAAAUGUUCUAUUUAUAAAA